AUGACAAGGAAUUUCUGCCUAUUUUACAAGAGGAGCCCCUACCCCCGCUGGCCCUAGUCUCAUUUACAGAGGAAGAACAGUUGGGUAUUGCCAGUUCUUUCCCACCAGCUAGUUCUUUUCUAUUCCACUACUGCAAUCAGUCUGGGAAGGUGAGGGCAGGAAUGCAACACAUGAAACCAGCCACCACAUCUUUUUGAACGACUGGGGCAGCUGAAUUGCUUGGAGGAGAGCACUAAUUGCGCUUUCUAUAUACAGUAGUUAACAGAUGCCUGUAAUUGGCUAGUAUUUCUCUGAUCAACAGGAAAAACCUCCUCUCCAAGAGGCAAGGUCAGUUGCGCUCUGCGUCCCAAUCGUUGGUAUUUGUUACUUAUGAUUUUAUACUUUAUGAUGAUACAGCAAAAACUAAGCCUGUUGGCCCAUGCAUUUUAAAAGAGCGAGAGAGGAUGUGUGACAUGAGCGAGUAAGGAUACUUUCACUUAUGUACCGUUUAGUCUAUUUGAAUCAAGCUUUGGUGCAAUUUCUCAGUUUGUGCAGGUAGUUUAGACAGGUGAGGACGUGGCCCCUAAAAACAACUUUAUGCACCAAAAUAUCUGGGUGAAAAAGCUAUUUGACCCAAAAUCGUCGCACGUGCAGGAAGUGAACCAAAUAUAGUCCAUUUUUUGGGUUACAGGCAGCCUUUUUUUUUUGUAGAUGUGAGCUGCUUAACCGACCAGUGUGGCAUAAACUGAGCUGUAGUGCGCCAGAAAUGUGGUUGUGUUCUGGACUGAGAAGCAAUAAGAGAAAGUAAUGCAAUACACACUGUGUUUUAAAAUACAGUGUGUCCCAAAGGUCUCCAUACAUAAGGGAAAUUAACACUUUUUGGCAAAAUGUCUUCCAAAAUUUUUCAUACUUAGUUUAUAUUAUAUAGUUUUUCAGGUAGCCUUUAAGAAUGCCUUUGACAAAAGAAGAAUGUACUGCAGUCAUUCUCGUGGCUGGAUCGGAAAGUUGUCGCAAGGUUGCGAUGGACAUGCAAUUACAUGCAUAACACCAUAUGUGUAAAUACGAGUUCAUCAAAGUUACAUUUUGCCAAAAAGUGUUAAUUUCUCCGAAGCAUUGAGACUUUUGGGACACCCUGUAAUUAUUUAUAUAAUUAUCUGUUAAUUAUGAUAUUGAUAUUUAACACCAGGUCCGUGUUCUCUAUGCUGAUUUUAGUGGUUUCUAUUGCAGCAUUUCUGAGUUUCAUGAAUACCUUUUCAGAUGUACACGCCUUUUAGUUUGUUUAUUUAUGUGCCGUGUGAAACCAAACCAAAUAGCAAACGUACCAGAGGCCACACCAAGAGGCCAAGAAAACAGGAAUACCACUGCAACAGUCUUAGAAAAACAGGCAACGUAACACACAAUUUUGUGUUUAAUGUGUGAAAUUGGAAUAAUUAUUUAUUCAGGGUGAUAAAUGGUAAAAUGUGGUGCUUUUGUAGCCCAUGUUAGCCCACACGUCUGGCCUCAGCCAUACUUUAACAUUAUGUUAUGUGUGUGGUGUUCAACAGAGGAAUUUCUCCAUGUCAGUAAACAGUGCAGCAGUGCUGCGCCUGACCGGACGAGGAGGAGGUGUGGUAGCAGGGGCACCACGAGGUCGAAGUUCUUCACGUGGGCGCGGUCGAGGAAGGGGGGAAGGAGGGUUUUACCAAAGAAGUUUUGAUGAUGUGGAGGGUGGCUUUGGUCGUGGAGGGAGAGAGAUGCAUCGUUCUCAGAGCUGGGAGGAAAGGGGAGACAGAAGAUUUGAAAAGCCAAGUCGAAAAGAUCCAGAUGGCGCUCCAGCCCACUUUCAGCUCAACCACUUGCGGGCGAAUUACGAGGACGGUGGUACAGGCCUGGUGCGAAAGCACGAUUUCACGCGCUCUGAGAGUGAGAAUUGGCGGCUGUCGCGUGAUGAACAGAACGGUGAGGAUGAGGAGGGUGGCGGUUGGCGUCUAGCAGGCUCCCGCCGGGAUAACGAGAGAUGGUGCCCACCGAGUCCAGAUGGGCCACGCUUGGCUGGGGGAUGGCGGGAACAGCCAGAUCAGCGGCGGCGCUUGCCAUUGGACUCUCGUGGGGAGGAGGAGCGUGGUGGGGGGUACAGACGGCCCCGCUCGGCCAGUGGCAGCAUGGAGGACGAGAGGGACGCACUGCCUGAGUGGUGCCUGGAGGACGCAGAGGAGGAGACGGGCACGUUUGACUCAUCUGGAGCUUUUCUCCCACUCAAGAAAGCUCCUGCAGAGCCGAUUCUUGAGGAGGCAGAGCUAGAGUUCCGUCCACUGGAGGAGGGUGAGGAGUGCAGCGAGAAAGAUGAGAAUGAAGCAGAGCAUCCUAAUGAACCUGAAAGCAAGCGCCAGACUGCCAGGCAUGAUGAUGCUGGCAAAUCAGAAGAGGCUUCUCCACCUGCCGCUCCGUUACCACCAGCUCCAGAGCCAGUUGUGUCUACAUCCCUGCCCUCCAGCCAGUCAGAGAGGGUGGAGGAGCCUGAGAGAGCAACAGCACCUGAAAUCAGACCUGCUCCAGCUCCCUUACACUCGGCUCUGCCUAUAUCCAUACCACACAGCACAAAUACGCUCAGCACACUAACAGAUCUUCCAGCCCCGUCCCUCCCUGUGUUGCCCACCCAGCAAAUCGUAUCUCAUCCCAAGCCAGUGGAGGUGCCAGUGGCAGUACCUGAUGCACUCCCUUUCCCAAAGAGCAUCAUGUCGCCCAUUGGCCAAAUUGCAGCCAUGGCCACAGAUGCAGAUGAGGAUGAGGGUCUCAAACAUUUUGAGCAGGAAGCAGAGAAAAUGGUGGCUUAUCUACAUGAUGGUGGUGUGGAUGAUGAGCGUUUGGGGGCUAAGAGUGCAGAGCGGCCCAAAGUUGGCUGCCUGCCACCAUCUCAUGAGGCUGCUCUCAAGUGGUACUACAAGGAUCCUCAGGGAGAGAUUCAAGGUCCGUUCAGUAAUCAUGAGAUGUCGGAAUGGUUCCAGGCUGGGUAUUUCACAAUGACCCUGCUGGUGAAAAGGGGCUGUGACGAAGGUUUCCAUCCUCUGGGAGAAAUCUUUAAGAUGUGGGGGAGAGUGCCUUUUGCCCCUGGCCCUCCACUACCUCCUAUACUGGGAGAUGCUGAUCAGGAGAGGAUAAAGAGACAGCAGGAGCUAAAUGCUCUAAGCAUCUAUCAGCUUCAGCAACUGCAGUACCAGUACAUAAUCAGGCAGCAGCAGUAUGCUCAAGCUCUAGCUCAGCAAAAAGCUGUGCUCAGUUCAGCUGCUCCUCCAACACAGCAGCAACAGCAACUUAACCUGUUCCUGCAACAAGCCCUCAAGCUCAGAACUCCAGAACAGCAGCAGAGCCUUUUGCCUCCAGUGACGCGUUCCAUGUCCGUUCCAGAUUCGGGGUCCAUUUGGGAUAUACAGAACCCACCUACCCAAGCAUCCUGUACAGCAAACAUUCAGCCAGCAGCUCCAAGCACAUGGGAAGGCACAAGUGUGUGGGAUCUGCCAAUAGACACCAUACCUCAACCAUCUAUUGAACAGAUGCAACUGGAGAAGGCUAAAGCUGCUAAGCUGGAGCUGGAACUCAGAGUCAAACGAGAAGAGGAGGAGCGGAAGCGUCUGGAGGAGGUGCUGCGGGCGCAGCAGGAAGAAGAGCGCAAACGUCUGGAGGAAGAGGAGCUGGCUCGACGGAAACAGGAGGAGGCACUAAGGAGGCAACGGGAGCAGGAGGAAUCACAGCGGCGCCAGAAGGAGGAAGAGGAACGCCUGGCUCGGGAGGAGGAGCUCCGCAGACUAGAGGAGAAGAGAAGAGAAGAGGAAGAGAGGAGGCAAAGGGAAGAAUUCCUCCGUAAACAGGAAGAGGAACGGAGGAAACAGGAGGAACUGGAGGCUCAGAGGAGGCGAGAGGAGGAGGCAGCAGCAUUGGCUCGACAACAGCAAGAAGAGCAGAAGAGGAGGGAGCAGGAACUCCAGAGGCAGCAGGAGCUCCAACGGCAGCAGGAACUUCAGAGGCAGCAGGAACUCCAAAGGCAGAAGGAGCUUUUAAGGCAGCAGGAAUUGCAGAGGCAGCAAGAGGCUCAGAGGCAACAAGAAGCUCAGAGGCAGCAGGAGCUGCAGAGACAGAGACAGCAGCAGCAGGAGGCCCUGCGCCGACUCCAGCAACAACAGCAACAGCAGCAGCUGGCCCAGAUGAAGCUCCCAUCUUCUUCCAAGUGGGGACAGCAGUCUGCCUCGACAUCUUCCCUCACCCAGACACAGAACACACUGUCUCUCAGUGAGAUCCAGAAACUAGAAGAGGAGAGAGAACGACUAGCUAGAGAGGAGCAGCGACGCCAGCAGCAGGAGCUCCAGAGGCAGCAGCAGCAGCAGCAACAACAGCAACCUCAGUCUAAGCUUUCUGGCUGGGGCAGUGUGGCCAAACAGCCUGCAGCCACUAAAUCCCUUCUGGAGAUUCAACAGGAGGAGGCUCAGCAGAUGAAGCAGAGAAAAGAGCAGCAGCAGGCUGUAGUUAUGCAGCAAAACCGCACACAGAACAGAGUUGCUUUGACCUCUUCAGUAUGGGGUUCAGUGAGUAAUACCAGUCACUGGGGCUCAGACAGCAGCAGCAUCUGGGGUGACACUCAGAACUCUAACCUAGGCUUCUGGGAUGAUGCUGUGAAGGAAACUGCUCCACCUCCAACCACACAAAAGAACAACUCGCAGAAAAACAAGGGAAACGUUAACCUCAGUAACAGUAACAGUGGAAAAUCCAGUAAGAAGGUAGAAGAGGAGGAGAAACUGUUAAAGCUCUUUCAGGGAGCCAAUAAAACUCAGGAUGGCUUUAUGCAGUGGUGUGAGCAGAUGCUACACACACUUAACACUGCCAACAACCUUGACGUCCCGACAUUUGCGUCGUUCUUGAAGGAGGUGGACUCUCCAUACGAGGUGCAUGAUUAUGUACGGGCAUAUCUGGGUGACACGCCCCAGGCCAAGGACUUUGCCAAGCAGUUCCUGGAGCGCCGUGCCAAACAGAACAUCAACCAGCAAAAACCUUUGCAGAGUCAGCAGCCGAAAAAUCAGCAGGACUCGGUGUGGGGGGUAAACCAAACCGUUUCUCAGCCAGUUUUCCAGUCCAACCACUCCACAAAGCAACAGCAACCACGCUUUGAGACAGUCACCUCUGGGAAGAAGAAAAAGAAGCAGAAAAUGGUGCGGGCAGAUCCCAGUCUAUUAGGCUUUUCAGUCAACGCGUCAUCUGAGCGAUUAAACAUGGGCGAGAUCGAGACUGUGGAGGACUUUUGAGACCUGCUGACAAACUCCUUCUCCUUACUGACUAUGUCCGUUCACAACAGCUGCCAUUUUACCCUAUUACACUGUUUGUUUGUUUUUUUAAUUGGUUUUUUUUUUUUUUUUUUUUUUUUUUCCCUUUUCUCUCUUUUUUUUUUUUUUUUUUUUUUUUUUUUUUUUUUUAAAACCUUCCCUUGUUCCCAUUGUCAAUUCUUGCACAUUGAGUACAAACCAGGAAGCGGAGGCGUGGAUGUCUCCUUUCUCUAGAUGAAAAUACCGAAGCAACUUGCUGUAUUGACCCUCACAUCAUGGAAAGAGCCAAAACUUACAUGCUGCCCAAAUAGAUGAGGAAAUUUUCAUUGUUCGAGAGCAAUGAGAAUCCACAUGUUCCAGCUUCAUGUGAGAUUUCAUUACUCUGUCUGGAUGCCUUUAUGAAGAAGAAUUAAUCCACAUACCCAAAUCAUUAAUCAUUUAUUAGUUAUUUUAAAGAAUUCAUUAAAGCAGUUAUAGAUAAAUUUAGACAAAAUAAUCUAUAUACCCAUCUUGUUAUUGUUAUUUAUUAAUUUUGCUUCCUUUGUUUUCUUUUCCUCCCUCUCUUCUCUUCUUCGUUGCCAUACGUUGGCAGAAGAUGACAACAAAGUAGGACCUAAGGGCAUAUAAUCACUGCCGUCCUGUUUUAAGGACGUGUUUGAAAGUUCCAAGUAGUUAUCCAUUUCUUGUAAAAUAAUAGGCUGUUUAAAAAAUAAACUUUCAAUUCUGCAUCUGUAUUAUAAUAUAUGGAGACAAUGAACCAACGGAGUCAUACUUUUUUAUUGCAAUAUGGAAAAAGAAAUAAAGACAGUCUCUUGUGUGGGCUGUUAUACAUCA